AUGGUUCUCAAGGCUGGUGACAAGUUCCCCGAGGGUGUCAAGUUCGGCUGGGCUCCUAUCCUCGACGAGGACCCUACCGUUUGCGGUAUCCCUCAGCUCUACGAUGCCAACAAGGAGUGGGCUGGCAAGAAGGUCGUCAUCGUUGCCGUUCCCGGAGCUUUCACCCCUAGCUGCUCCGCCUACCACCUUCCUCCCUACGUCCAGAAGUUCCAGGAGCUCAAGUCCAAGGGCGUCGACAUUGUUGCCUUCAUCUCCAACAACGACGAGUUUGUCCUUAACGGAUGGGGCAAGGUCAACCAAGUCCCUAAGGGCGAGGACUUCCUCAUGCUCUCCGACAGCAAGACCUUCUUCUCUGAGAACUAUGGCUGGCAGGUUGGAACAGACAAGGGCGGCCGCACUGGUCGCUGGGCCAUGAUCGUUGAGAAGGACGGAACCAUCAGCUACGCCGAGAACGAGGCUCGCAUUCAGGACGUCCAGGUUUCCUCUGUCGAGGCCGUCCUCUCCAAGCUCUAG